AACUCUUUAAAUUUUUAUUUCCUUAUUAGAACGCAUAUUAGUUCGAAAUUUAAACAAAAUAAUUUAAUGUUAUAUUUAAAAAAAAUAUAAAUAAUUAUUAAAUGUUUCUACUGGAACGUACUGGACGAAUACGAAGGAAAAUGUGAUUCAAUUAUUGUGGUCAUGAGCCUCGUGAAAAAUUAACAAAUUUCUAGCGUUUUCGAUUGCAUUAAAUAUAAUACUUCAUGUAAUAUUUUUGUAUAUUUAUUUAAAAUUUCCUUCCAUCACAUAGUGAAGCUUGCAACAAUGUGAUUUCAGUGAACAUAAUGAACAUUUCCUCACUAACGUUAGCCGCCCGGAGCAUGGCAAACAUGCCGCCUGGCGGCCAAACAUUCUGGCGGCUAUUAUUUCAUACGGCUGCUUUCUACCUCGAGGAACAAUUUUCGUAAACAAACCCCACCUUAUCGGUUGUUGGACUGGCAGGUACGGUCUUCCAAUGCGCACAUGCGCGCAUGCAACGGUUCUGUGCAACAUCCUCCAACGAAGGCGCUUGACAAUCGGCCGUUGCAAUGUAUCAUCAUCAAACCGGCCGCUGCUAGUCGGCACGAACAGCCAGGAAGCGUCUCGAGUUGGUCCUUUUUCCUGGGACCGAAGCAUUCGGCGUUCGGCAUGUUUUGGUACAAUGGUAACACCGUUGGGGCAUGGAUAGCCGAGCGACCAGUUUACGUCGGGCAGUGUAUCAAAGCGGUCGCUAGUGAGAGGAACGUGUCGUUUUUUGUGUGCCGUGACUCACGCGAUAACGAAACGGACGCGAGCAAGUACCAGCUGCGUUAGGUUAGGAUUACGCGGUUUUUCGCCGUUGCUAUACAUAUAAGCGAAGUUCGUUCCACGGUUCAUUCGCGUGUGUUUUUUUUGGUGCUUUGUUUUUGGCCAACCUGUCCAUCUGUCUAUCCGUCUGUCAGUGUUUUCGUGUCGGUCUGUCUGUCUAGUGGAGUGACGGGCGGCAAAAUAGUGGAUUAUAUUUUUUUAAAUAAAAUGAGCAUUUUAGCUUGUACCAACGGAGCAAGUGCUUAGAGAGAGUUUCAGCUAUUUCACCUAGCACACCUAAUUGCCUGUCUAAGGCGCAGAAGAAGGUGUAGCAGCUACUUUAUAAUAUAUUGGCCGGCCUCUGUUGAGGAGUUGCCACAACAAACGGAUUAAGGAAAAUUUAGCAAACAAAACAGAAGCCACAUUUAGACAAGCGAUAAUAUCUUCUGGAAAACAGCGUCCCAUUGUCCGGUGAACGGGUCGCACGGGGAACGAUGUUACCCCGAUGGAAAGUCUUCGUAUCGCUCGUUACGAUUGGUCUGCUGCUUGUACCAUGUCACUGCAACUUGCCACCGGUUUUCACCCAGGACAUGAACAAUCUCGCCCUGUCCGAGCAGACACCGGUCGGGACGGUUGUGUACCGGCUCGAAGGCUACGACCCCGAGGGCGGUAACGUUUCGUUCGGUUUGAUCGGCUCGGAUAACUUCAUCGCCGAUCCCAUCUCGGGCGAUGUGCAGGUGAUCAAGGAACUCGAUCGUGAGGCUCAGGAUACAUUAUCCUUCUCCGUUUCGAUACGGGACCGAGUAAGCACGACCGGCAUUGAGUCUGAGAAUGACAACAUCGUCAACGUUCCGAUCACUAUCAUCGUGCUGGACGAAAAUGAUAACCCGCCGGAGUUUCAGAAUGUACCGUACGAAACGGAAGUGCUGGAAAAUGCUCAACCAGGAACGACCAUAUUUGAUGGGAUUCUGGUAACCGACCGGGACACCGUUGGGGAGAAUCUGGACGUUUCCUGCAUCCCGCAGCCCCAAAAUCCGGACGCUUGUGAAAAGUUUGCCAUCGAGGUAAUGGAAAGCCAGCAGGAUCGGUUGACGGCGGCAGUUGUGCUGAAGCAACCGCUCGACUACAACGAUCGGAUGAUCUACCAGUUGCUGCUCGAUGCUAGCGAUGGACUGUACAAUGCUUCCGCUGGGUUGGAAAUUCACGUGCGCGACGUUCAAAACGCACCACCCGUCUUCCAGGGUUCACUGGCAGCGGUGAUCAACGAGGACAGUCCCAUCGGUACGCUUGUGAUGGUGAUACAAGCGCGAGACGGUGAUCGUGGUCAGCCACGCAAGAUAGUGUACGAACUGGUGACGAAUCCGAUGGAUUACUUUCUGCUGGACAAACAUACCGGCGAACUGCGGACGGCGAAACCGCUCGACAAGGAAGCACUACCGGACGAUACUGGACUAAUCAUACUGACGGUGAAGGCCCGCGAAGUCGUAGAUGGUAUGCCGGGUAAUGAUAAUUUAACGGUCGCCACCACGCAAGCAUCCAUAACGAUUCGUGACGUGAACGAUUCACCGCCCAUGUUUAACAAAACGGAAUACUUUGUUUCGCUGUCGGAAAACACGGCCCCGGGUACGCCACUACCGCUCGAGAUUAGUGUGCGCGAUCCAGACGUUGGUGAGAAUGCGGAAUUUUCGCUCCGCCUCAACGAUGUUUCGAACGUGUUUGACGUGGAACCGAAGCUGGUCACGGGCUCAUCGCAGAUAAGCAUCCGCGUCGCAAAUGGUACACUCGACUACGAAAAUCCAAACCAGCGCAAGUUCAUCGUGCUGCUGAUAGCGGAGGAGACCAAAACGCACCCGAAGCUAUCGUCCACGGCCACGCUAACCGUGUCAAUAACGGAUGCGAACGAUAAUAGACCACUCUUCGAGCAGGAUUCCUACUCCACCACCGUAUCCGAAACGGCCCAUCCGGGUCAUCUGAUAGCAACGAUCACGGCGAAAGAUCUCGAUUCCGGACUGUACGGUGAUCAGGGCAUACGGUACUCACUGUCCGGUACGGGUUCGGAAUUGUUCUACGUCGACGCCAUUACCGGUGCCAUCUCGGUGGCCGAUUGUCCAAUGUCAUCCGCCAGUGCGCAACCAGUAGCCGGACAGGUGAUACGCCGCCGACGCCAAAUACCAACCCUGUCCGACCUGCAGCACGAAUAUCCGGACCGGAAUCAUCUGAACGCGUCGGCCCGGGGCGUCGAAUACAUGACGUACCGCAUUGUCAACAGUGGCGAAUCAAACGAAUUUCACGACGUCAACGUAAUCGCACCGCCGACAAUAUCGACACUGUACGAUAGCUACGAAACAACGACCGUGGACGAGCUGGAGCGGAUAGAAGACCAGAGCCAUCCGACCACCGUCCGUAUUGAACCGUUGCACACGAACGAUAUACAACACCCACGGCAACCGAUUGGCCCGGGUAAGGCACCCUGUUUAGACUACGAAACCCAAUCGGUUUACUACCUUUCCUAUCGGGCCACCGACGACGAAGGCCGUGGACAAACAUCCGUCGUAUCGGUACGCAUCAGUUUGCUCGAUGCAAACGAUUCACCGCCGGUGUGUGAAAGCCCACUCUAUCGGGCCUCGGUCGACGAAGGUGCGGCCGUGUUCGAACCACCGCUCAUCAUUAAGGCACGGGAUCCGGAUGUCGUUUCCGAAAUCAACUACCGCAUCAUCGGCAACGAGGCCGUCACACGACAUUUCGAAAUCGAUAAACGCACCGGUCAGCUGACGAUAUCGAAAUCGGUUGCGCUCGAUGUGAACCAUCUGAAGUCGGAAAAUGUGUUCUUUGGCGUUGAGGCUACCGACGGGCUGUACACGACACUCUGCAACGUGAACAUCACCAUUCGAGACGUUAAUAACCACGCACCGCAGUUUGCACGGGAAAACUAUCUCACCUCGAUCGAGGAAAACUUCCCAAUCGGAACCAUAGUGGAGCGCUUACAAGCCAUCGAUUUGGAUACCGGAAUAAAUGCGGAGAUCAGAUAUCGCAUCCAGCAGGGUAGCUUCGAUGACUUUACCAUCAACAAUGUGACCGGUGUGGUUACCAUUGCUCGCAAGCUGGACUACGAUCGACGCAACACGUACCAGAUGGAAAUCGUAGCGUCGGACUCCGGUACACCGAGUCUGUCCGGCACAACACUGCUAACGGUGAGCAUUAUUAACAGCAACGAUAAGGCCCCGUACUUUACGCCAACCACGCAACGGGCCGAAGUGAGUGAAGAUGCACCGAUCGGGACGCUGGUCCACACACUCGUUGCCGUUGACCCGGAUGUGGCAUCAAGCGAAUCACUCGACUAUGCUGCAACCGAACCGAUAACGGCCGUCGACAAGAACGGUAAGGAGGUCGGUGAGAUGGAAGACUUCAAGGAUAUGUUUAUGAUCGAUCGGUCCGGCAAAGUGUUUGUUAAUCGGCGAUUGCUACGGGAUAGCUUUGCGGUCAUCCGCAUCACUGUACUCGUCACGGAUACGACGGCUCCAUCAAUUCAACAGGGCGAAGGAUUACUCAUUAUCACAAUUACGGACGUGAACGAAGAGCCACCGCUGUUCGCACCACCUUGGACACCGGAGAAUCCUUACUACCACUAUCAGGUGGUAGAAGAGCAACCAAUCGGCACCAUCCUGACGACGGUUCAAGCAACAGAUGCCGACUCAACGAUUGCCGAAUACCGGAUGACGGAGAACAGCUUUUUCGAGAUUCACAACACUACAGGCCUGGUACGAAGCAAAGCGCGCAUCGACUACGAAACCUCGCCGGUGAUAAAGUUCAACGUGUCCGUCAUCGAUACGGGCGUGCCGCAGCUUACCUCCACGGCCCAGUUCACGGUGAAUGUGGUUAACACGAAUGACAACGAUCCCGUGUUCGAGCUGCCAGAGUAUAUGCUGCAGGUGCGUGAAAAUAGCCCAGUCGGGACGCUGGUCGGUAUGGUGCGGGCCAUCGAUGCCGAUGCCGGGCUGUACGGGCAGCUGACGUACACGAUCGUGGGCGAUCAUAGUGGGAACUUUGUGAUCGAUCCGGACACCGGUGCCAUCACCGUACACAAUGCAUCCGCACUCGAUCGGGAAGCGGAACAGGAAGUUAGCCUGACGGCGAUUGCCAGCGAUCGGGCACCGGAAGGAAUGAGACGGUCAACCACGGUACCGGUCCAGAUACGAAUACUGGACGAAAAUGAUAAUGGGCCAACGUUUUCGCAGCAAAUCUACCAUGCAACGGUGGCGGAAAAUGCGGCCCUACAUCCACCGGCGGCCAUUUUGCAGGUAAUGGCGACGGAUCCGGACGAGGGUGCAGCAGGAGACGUUAAGUACGCCAUACUGUCGGAUAAUAUUGGUGGAAUUUUCCGGUUGGACGCAAACUCGGGCAUCCUCUAUCCUGGGGCCAGUUUAAUUGGAAAAAGUGGUCAAUACCGCAUCGAUAUCGAGGCGCGCGAUGGAUUAGGUUCGGGACCGCACAACGAUGCAGCCACAAUAGUGAUCGAAAUCCAGAGCAUCAAUCAGCAUCGUCCCGUGUUCAUCAUGCCGGCACUCUACAAUGCGACGGUCGAAAUUCCGGAGAACUUGGCCACUCCAGAUUAUUUGGUUAUGACCGUUAAGGCGACCGAUAACGAUUCCGGAUCCAACGGUAAAGUGCUCUAUUAUCUCCAGGUGAACAGUGUAAACGUACAGGAAACUGAAGAGUUUAGCAUCAACGAAAUGUCCGGCGAGUUACGCAUCCGUCGACAGUUGGACCGGAAACGGCAGUCACGGUACGAGUUGAUACUAGUCGCCCGUGACCAGGGCACACCCGCUUGGUUCGAAACGUUACGCUUCCUCACCGUACUGCUGGUGGACGUGAAUGAAAAUUAUCCCGAAUUUCCGGACGCUUCGAAUCCGUACAAAUUUUUCAUCACCGAAAAUGGUGCGCGCGAUGUGCGGAUCGGUAAGAUACAAGCCUUCCUGGAUAGCCCGAGCCCGGCCAUCUUUUACUACAUGCUGCUCGGCAACGAAGACGGUGCGUUCUACGUGGAUAAAACGAGUGGUGACCUGUACACGAACCGGUCCAUCGAUCGGGAAGAAAACGACAUGUACGUGCUGUACGUGCUCGCCAGCAAGCAGUCCGAUUUGUACGUUAGCGAGCACGAGCGUGCACUGCUGUCGUUGGAACAGCUGGAACGGAACGCUACCGUGGCGAAGGUGUGGGUGAACGUGCUUGACAUCAACGAUAAUCCGCCGGUAUUCAAGCGGGAAGUGUACUACGCCGGCAUUAGCUCGAAAGCAUCGAUCAACGAGCUGGUCACGAUCGUAAAUGCGACCGAUCGGGAUUUGGGCGUGAAUGCUACGCUAGACUUAUUCAUACGUGGCUCAUAUUUGUACAAAUAUGGUGCUAGCAAGACGACGGGAAGCAUCGUACCGAGCCCAUUCGCUAUCUCGAAGGAGGGACGCGUCGUUACCGCCAACUAUAUGGCAGAGUACAACCAGGACCGCUUUGUGUUGGAGAUAGCGGCGAAGGAGGUUGAAUCACCGGAGCGAGAAGCGGCAGCACGUGUCCACGUGUGGAUCUUCAAUCCGGAACAGUUGGUGCGCAUGAUCCUGUCUCGGCCACCUUCAGAGGUGCAUCAGGAUCGGGAUGAGAUCGUGUCGGAGUUGGGCAAUGCAACGCAGCGUCUUAUAAUUGUCGACGAAAUUCGCUACCACGUGGAUAGCCUUGGGCGCAUUCGUAUGGACUGGUGCGAUAUGUACUUCCACGCGGUUGAUAUGACGACCCAGAUGAUCGUGCCGGUUGAAGAAAUUCUGCGAGAAAUUGAUGCAAAGUAUGAUUUUCUUCAGGAUUACAACGCUGGCUUUUCGAUACUGAAUGUUGUACCGGCUUACGCUACAACGGCGCAGGAUGAAUUUGACCUAGCUUUGGCAGCAUUGAUCGCACUUUUGAUAGUGUUAUUCGUUGGAGCAGUUAGUUUCAUCGUACUUUGCUGUUGUUUAAAGCAUUGGUCUAUCUCGAUACCGAGCGAAACGAGACGAAAGGAUGCACUUAUCAAAAAGCAGAUCAUAGAAGAUUUAAACACAACCGAAAAUCCCCUCUGGAUUGAACAAAAGCUAAAGCUCUACGAAGAGCAGGAGCUAACGAUGCAGGUAUUCUCCGAGCCGGAAAUGUCCCAGCAGCAGUCGAUGAACAACUCGAACAGUACGAACAGCGCCCAGGAUCCAUCCUCACAGCUGUCGCUUACGCUUGGGCUCGACCAUCACCAUCAGCUGCACCAUCAGCAGACACCACCGCAUCUGUCACAGCAUCGAAGAGAUUCGUACGAUCUGUCACAGGCGGGUGAUAAUACGUACGCCACCAUACAACCGCGCAACUAUGGUACCAACAAUCUCAGUACGGUGCUGGGCAGUUCCAUGGUUCCGCCCGGUGGUUUAAGCCCGUCCGGUGUCACAAGCACCAGUGCAACGAGCUCGAGUGAAGUCGCCGACUAUGCGACAUUGCGCAACAGUCGAGCACCUUCGCAACUGUUCGAGUUCCGGGGUUCCACGUUUCAGGUGCAGCAACCAGGCGGUACAGAUCAGCCCGAUUACGUGACGGAGCUGAUGUAGGUUUGCAUCGAGGUUAAGAUUGCUCCAUUUUUAGUGUAGUAGAAUAACUAAUAAGUAGGGUUUUUGUAGUGUUCUUUUACUCUACACUUCGAAACAUUCCAGAAGUCAUAGAGAGAAGGUAGAAUUUGCACACAGAACUGGGUGAAAUGGUAGGAAUGUGUAAUGGUAAUAUUACCCACGCGUAUCCGAAGUGUCCGAAAGUACACGAUAUUUCAUCUCCUGACCGUUACACCGAAAAAGGAUUGAAAAAAAAACAAGACUUAAGCAGAAACCUUGAUGACGCACAAGCUCCAUGGAUGAGCGAAUUACGAGAUUACAUGAUAGAGACAAUAAAUAGAUUUUAUUGAGCUGGGCUAGGAUACCGCAAACGCGUAUCAGUACAUUUGGCAGGGAACGCCGUUCGGGACGGAUUUGGAAAUCCCACAGCAAAAAAGAAAAAGAAUUAAAUGGCGUACGGGCGCCAUUUACAAUCCCUUUCGCAUCCAUUUUCGAUUCCCCCGAUUCCCGUCCCAUUCAUAUGAACGCAUUAUGUGUGCUUUCAUCAAUUAAUUUAUUUUCAAUCAUUAUCACACCAUUACCUUCACCUCUGCCCAGAAUUAAUCAUUCUUUUCGUGGACCAUUUAAACCCCCGGUACCCCAGGGGAUCGGUGCGGGGAAGCCUGAUGCAUUCAUCCCUUAUUAUAUUCCAUUACGUCUUUUUUGUUGUUGUUGUUGUUGUUGUUAAUCUCCCUGCGAUGCCACCGAUUGUACAACAUCAUUGUUAUACACGAAACGGUGCAACAUGUCACCCGUUAGCCGCUCGAUUGGUGGUCAAUUCAUUAGCGUCCGCAAUUUUAUGCUUCAUGCUCAUUAUUCUUUCAAUCCAUCCCUUGCAUCCCAACGAUAACGAGAGCUCUGCGGUGGCAAAAAUUAAUGUGAAGGAAAAAUAGUAGUUCAACAGCACAGGCAACAGAAAAAAAACACGAAACAACAGAAGCAACACACAAAAAAAAUCAUUCACAUCAUACGAGCUUCCGACACACAAUUGAUUGUUGAUCCUAUAAGCCGCACAACGUGCCGUUUAAUCAUUUCCGGUGCACUUUUCCCGUUUUCCUGUUCUUCCCUCUUGAAACAUCAUUUGCGUUCCGUUCUGUCGCGCGAUCUUUCUCGCACUCUUCCUCUCUUUCUCGCUAUCAUGCGUAAUAAUUCGUUAACUUUAACCUCAUUUUCAUUCAUUAUAAUUUACGCAGUACAAUGUGUGUCCAGGUUUUUUUUUAAUUAUCCGCGGCUUCCGCUCUUUAAACAUUGCUUUUAAUACAUUCAAUUAAACUGAUGAAAGGAUUCGAAUGGAAAAAUAUAGCUCACGCACAGAAGUCUGUUCUGUGAUCUGGCUCUAUUCCGGGGAGGGGUUAACCUAAAGCUAUUGCAGUGAUUUUUUUUUGCUAUUUAACCUGCUUUAGAUUUUUCUGUGGGGCGCACUAUGGAGUGCCCUGUUUGUAAUGCAAUUGAUAAAUACUUGAUUUUCUUUACAUAGCUUCAUCACCGAGAAGCAAAUAGUUCGUUCGCACGAUAAAUCGUACCAUGUGAUGUAUGAAUGUACUAUCCAGCCUGGUGUAAUAAUCGUAACAUGAUUUUACAUUAAAUGUCAUCCAGCAAGCUCUCGUGUAGAAACCGUGCCAAACGUUAAAUACACAUGCCCUUAAAAGUGGUUCCCAUUCCCUACAUUCCUUCCUUCCCUCCCCUCCUCCCGUUCCAGGCGAGAUGCUGUCCGUGCCAGUUACAACACAGAACAAACGAGAAAAACAGAACUGUACAUAAUUAAAUUAAUGAAUGAAUAUGUUUAAAAACCGAUUGAAAUCAAUUAAACGGUUCACGUAGCAUGGCGAGCAAUCAUGCGCUACGAAGUGUUGGUAGAUGUUUUUUAUUUUUCAACAUUUUAAAAUGGUAUUUCGAGUGAAGAUUCGCCACGAAUGGUACCCAAGCUCAAACACACACACACACACACACAAAGUGGUAGCGUCACAGUGUACAAUGUGAAAACAAUGUACAAAACAAUGGAUGGAAAAAAGAACACAAUACACACGAGCAUGUGUAAUUUGAUUACGAUUGAAUAACUUAGAUGAUAUAUGUUAAAAAAAAAAAUAAGUUGAAAGGAAAAAUCACCUGAAUCAAUAGUUAGUGUUGUUGAGAGAGUGGGAGAGAGUGUGUGCUCAAGAAGUUUUGUGCACACGAGUGUACACUUUAAUUUAGUAGCGAAAUUGUUUUUAUAUCAAAAUUGUUUUUUAUUUGCACCCACUACUGAAGUGAGCUACUUAUCGGGUAAAUUAUGAUUAUUAUUUACUUUGUUUUAUUUAUUUUGUGCUAGCAAUCUGCAUCUGAACCGUAAUCCAUGGUUUCUGUACAGUGUGUAUGCGCGAGAGCUCUUCCAAGCAGGGUUAUGAGUAAGCGGAGUUAGGGAAAACGGAAAAGUUAUAAAUUAAGUGAAAUAAACAGAGUGUAAACAUUGUAUCAAUAACAAGAACAAACAAAAAAAAUCCCAUACAGAGACAACCACACAGACAAUUGUAAGAGUUGUAACACAAUCUUAGGGAAAAUAAAAGUUUUUAAACAAAUCAA